GUUAAAAAAAAAAAUAAAAAAAUAAACAUCAUAGUCACGUUAGAGUGUUUCAACUAACUCGCUUUAGCAAGUUCGGUCAUGUCGUCGAUAAUGUUGGAGAAGGUAGGAAGUGGUAAGCGAUAGGAAACUUAUCUUAUUUAGAAAGUUAAGGCAGGAACCAACCACACACACACACACACAUAGUAGACAGUUGAUGCUGCUCUAAAGCCACAAGGAAAAGAAGCGACUAUAUGAUGUCGAGAUCCGUCUUUUCACACUGAGGACGACCGAGGGACUCGUACACGACUAUUACAUAAGGUGCAAACGUUCACUGAUGCUCAAGAAGGUUCUGCCUGCCAGGACAUAAUUCCUUUGUGUGAAUCACAAGAUAUCUGAAGAGAUUUCGUGUGUAAACGCCUUCUGGUGACAAGCCCUAACCUUUUUGUGUGGUUCGUCAUGAAACUCUCUGAGGAUCCCUUUUUUUUUUUUUGAGCUUUGAGUGAAAUCUGACUAUUUCUGUUCUUUGGAAAAGGAGUUCCUGUUUGUGUCUUCCAAGAAUUGUAUUACAUGAGAGUGCCUCACAGAACCUGUAGUCCCAAUACGUAUUUCCUUAAGGUGUUGAGUAAGGGUUGUCAUUGCCAUGCCCACACACCCACAUGUGGAGAGUCCUGAUGGGCUAGGCCAUGACGUCCUCAACCACAGCAGUGCCACUAUGCCUAGCUCUGGCUCCAGCUCCAGUAUAACAGCCCACGUGAGCCUGGCAGAGAAGGUUGAAACGCAGUUGGUAGUGCCAGUGCUAGGCGGCUCACCCCUGGCCUGCGUGUUCUGCGAGGAGACGUUUGAGCACGAGGAUGAGCUCGGGCCGCACCUCCUCUCUCGGCACCCUACCACCUUCCACGCUCCCGCCGUGCUGCGUGUUGAGACCGAGUUCUCAACGCCCGGCGAGAGGAUUUGCCCCGAAACAUGCCAAAACGAGCCGAACGAGGAGCUGAGCUGUGACGUGUGUGGCCAAGCCACUGAAAAUAUUGCUGUACUCGAGGCGCACAUGCGGAAGCAUAAGGACUCCUUCAUUUACUCCUGCAGCCUGUGUGGCAGGCGCUUCAAGGAGCCAUGGUUCCUCAAGAAUCACAUGAGGACCCACGGCAAAUCCAAAUCCAGCAAGGGCCAGGAUGCCGAGGUGCCCGUUACUGUGAACGGCGUCGUCCAAGAUCGACCAGCAUCGCCUGUGAUGACAACUUACAAAAUGUGCAUGGUCUGUGGGUUUUUCUUCCUCAACAAGGAGGUGCUAGCAGAGCACAGCAAAGUGCACAAUCGGGAGCCAGAACCUGAGGAGAACGUGUGUAGUAAAAGCCAGCUGAAUCCGGAGGCGCCUGUCUCUCAAGAAUGCUUUCUUCAGUGCAUAAAUUUAAAGAGAACAUCUGAGAACGCUGAGCAAAAAUGCCAACCCGGGCGGUGGAUCCCGCAGCUGGACCCGUUCAACACCUACCAGGCCUGGCAGUUGGCUACCAAAGGCAAGAUUGCCGCAGGGCCGAACCUUAGCAAAGAGCUCAAUGCCGACUCCAAUUCUGACAACGAGGAGUCUGGUUCGGACAAAGAGGAGCUCGGCUCUAUCUGGGACUCUAGCGGUGGCGAUAAACUGGUGAGACGGGGCCUGAGGGGUGAGCUGAAGGCCAAACUCGGCGUUGGUGAUUUGGCAGAGCAGAAGAGUCUGAGUCUGCGCAAAGACAAGCCCACAGACUGCGAGGAGUGUGGCAAAACGUUCAGAACCUACCAUCAGCUGGUCCUGCACUCCCGAGUUCACAAAAGAGAGAGAGGAGGAGCCGAGAGCCCCACCACACCCGUAGAUGGGAGGACUCCGAGCGUCAGCUCUGCCGGGAGUCCAUCACUCGAUCGAGCGGAAGAUGGUUCUGAGGACGGCUAUGAAGAAGGUGUGCCUGUGGAAGCUUUCCAGUCAGAUAAAAUUGAAGAAGGCUCACACAAAAUCAAACUGAAAAUUCUUGCUCCGAGGAAGUGUUGUUACUGUGGCAAGACCUUCCGCUCCAACUAUUACCUCAAUAUUCAUCUCAGGACGCAUACAGGUGAAAAACCGUACAAAUGUGAAUACUGUGACUACGCUGCAGCUCAGAAGACCUCUCUGAGAUAUCACCUGGACCGACGUCACAAAGACAAGCCUUAUACCGAGAUCCCCAACAUUCCGGUGACGGCACCUGCUGCUAACAGUGCCAAGGGGCAAGAGUCUCCUAACAUAGACGACAAGCCAGCCUCAAAGCCACCUAAACAGUGGCCUGCCGCCAGCGUUGUGUGUGCGAGCGUCAAACGUGAAGCAGUACCCAGCCAGGCAGGCGUUGCCAUCACCAGCCCCGUCAGCCGCGUCAAAGAGGGAUGUGGCAACAUGGCCGCCACGACUCCUUACACUCCUCCUAACGAGCCUCAUGUGAACGGCGCUUUCCCAAUCAACCUGAAGGCAGAGGGGAAAGAAGCCUCUGAGGCACCGUUAAACCUCUCCCUCAAAGCGUCUCUGUCUUUAUCUGCUACCUCCGUACCUAGGAAUAUGUUACAGACCAACACCUGCACUUCCUGUCCUUAUGAAACCCUCUAUCCCGAAGUCCUGCUUAUGCACAGGAAGCUUCUACAUAAGGAGAAGUCUGAUGCGAAAAAGACUUCCUACAGACCCCCACUAAAGCCCAAGCGCUACACUGGGUGUCCCCCAGCGCUCGAAGGGAAAGACGUGGCCCCUUUGCCCCACAUCAACCGAAAACAUCCUCGCCGGACCAAAUCCCCAACACCCCAACCGGGAAAAUCUUCCAGACCUAAUCAGGACAUGUCCAGGACUCUUCCAGGGAUCGGUACAAAGAAACCAGAGAUUUCAAAGGUGUCCCCUGCAAAAGAGACCUGGAGAGAGCAGCAGAAAGCAACCCAGAGGUUCAGGGCUGCCGAAUCCGUUAUAAGCGUCCAAACUAGGUUUCCAGAGUCAGUGGUUGAAACCAACAAGAAAUUUCACUCAUCUGCUGUCUCGCAGAAGCCCGCUCCAGUUAAAAAUGGCGUUGUCUGGCCCUCAGAAGCAAACAGGCUAUGUCUGUCUGAUCGAUUCAGGAAGCUGGCACAAGCAGAUUUGGGUGAACCCUCCAGCAAGAGGUCGAGACCUUCCGAGCCUCUGCAGGGCGCAGGCAGAAUGGCGGAGCUACCCUCGAGCAGGAACGCAAAAAACUUCCUGCCCUUCUCUUCUGUUCGUGUGGCACCCUCAGGAUCGGGGAGUAGCAUCGACGCUGACUGGAAUGUAAUCAACCUGCUGCGCACAUACACACCCAAUGAGCUGGCAUCGUUGUACCAACCCACUAUCCCAGGCUCCAGCCAUGCAGUGACCGGAAAUUCACCCGCUGCUGGAAGCAGGGCUCUGCCCUUCUCACAUUAUCCGGGUAACAUCAUUCAGCGCAGAAGCCACCCCAACCAUCCUGACACCACCUCUUAGAACAUGGUGUGAACAAUUUGAACAAAACCAACCACGGGAACUAUGACUGGAAGAAAAGUUUACUCCUGACACUACUUCUUGAGAAGGACCUGCGACCAAGACGUGAUAUUAAGGCUGUGUGGGAGUGUUUCAUUUGUUAUCUCGACCUUGGAUACGAGGCAGAGUGAACUCAGAACUGGGCCUUGGACAGUGUUGCAUUUUAUGUCAUAACGUUCCAGUAUCAGUAUCACCAGUGUACAGAUGUGGUAUUGCACUUAACGCAAAAAUGCAACAUAUCAUGCACUCCUAUUUACUGUAAAAGUUUUGACAUGUUUCAAAAUCAAAUGCUUCGGGGCAGAGCUUUGAUGUGCCCGCAAUAUUCCAUCUAAUAAGUGCCUCUUCUUAUUGAUCGAAAUGCUGUUACACAAAGGUAGGAUAGACCAAAUAAACUUGACCCACGUUCGGUUCAGAUAGAUAAAGUAUAUUUUGUAACUGUUAAGACAUUUCUAUUCAGGCUCUUCUGAGAAAGGGUCGACUUGAUGCCAUGCAGCUUCUGGCGGUUUUUGAUAUUGCAAUUUAAAACGUUUCAGUUUUCCCCAUUUGUGCAAAUGAAAGCUGCUCUCUUUUUUUUUUUUUUUUUUUUUUCUUUUUCUUUUCCCUUCUCAAAACUGUUUUGAGAGACACAAAAUAAUGGUGACGUACCGUGUACUUUCUUUGUAUGGGGACUUUGCUUGGAACCUCUCACUGUGACGCGCAGGCACGGCAUCCUCAGGUCUGAUUGACGACAGAACUGGAACAGGUGGAUGAUUUGAACUCUCUGCGGAGGGCUUCCAUUGAUUCGAUGUUACAUUUUCACACACUUUGUUUGAUUUAUAUCCUUUUUCUUUUUGGUCGAGGAUAUAUAUUUAUUUUUCUAGUGAAUGUCUUGCUCUGUCUGUUUUAUGUGUGGAUAAGAUCGCGGAUGCCAUUCUGGCAUUCUCGGAGCCUGUGAUAGUGGCUUAUUUACUGACCAACUUGUGUUAUGGUCUGCUUUUCAGAAACUACCUUUUCCACCUCCUCUACAGCCCUGCAGAUGUUUCAUAGCACCAGAAUGUUAAUUUAUUUGCUGAUAUAUUUAGGAGGCUUUUGUGAGCUGCAUCAGAUAAACUUGAAAUGUGUUUUUUUUUUUGUUUUGUUUUGACUUUAUUUCUCUCUCUCUCUCUCACUUUGCGCUUUUUGUGUAAUCUGGGAGAAAUGUCUGCUGUCUGCGUUUAACACGCUGGCCACUAACGUGGCUCAAAUCGAGUAAUAUUUGUAUGUGUAGCUUGAGCGAUUGUCUAACCUCCUGUUGUCUCUCAGUAUUGGAUUCUCACAGUGUUUAAUAUUGUUUUUGCUUAACUAAGAUGGAUUACAUCACUGAUAUGUGCUAUAUGUUAGUGUUUUGAUUAUUCUGGCCUCCAUUUGUUAUUUUUUUAUUUUUCUGCACGUUCACUACUAAUAAUAAUUUGUACGAUCAGUUGGAGUGGUUUUUCUCCCUCAGUUCUUGGAACACUGAGCAGAUCAGUGUAAAUGCAAUAAGACUCGCCAGAGUUUCUACAGACUACAGUUCCACAGGAAAACACAAAUGUAACACGAGCAAAGCCGCGAAGGUUUCGGCUCUGUUGUUCAGUACGUACGUUCUCGUCUUUCCCCGUUUCCCAUGACUUUGUAAACAUGCUCUCAUGAUACUUACGAGUGUAUUUCUGACUGUUCAGUUGCAGAAUAAAGCAAUGGUGUGUGCUAGAA